UUUGUCAAAAGAAAUUUCAUAAACGUCAGAUUGCUGAAUCUUUGGUUAUGUUUAUAUUAGUAUUAAUAGUCCGGAAUAUAUUAAAUAACACCUAAAUGACAUUUGAAAAUGAUUAGAAGAUUAUUCAGUGUGCUAGAGACAACAUUACCAUCUGAACAAAUUUCUUACACGCACUCAGUAAUAAAAAAUGAAAACAUACCUUUUGGAUGGCUUCUUACUGUUGCACCAUGUUUCUCUGUAAGUGGUAAAGAUAUAACGAUUUUAACGGAACCUGAAGAAUUCUACAAUACUCUACUAACAAACUGUUCUACUGCCAAAGAACGUAUUACCUUAGUUAGUCUAUAUUUAGGAAGUGGUAAUUUGGAACAGAAACUAUUAGAGUCCAUAAGGAAUAACAAGAGUUAUAGAAAUAAAAAACUCAGAAUUAAUAUUUUGUUAGAUUAUACUAGAGGAAGCAGAGGUACAUCGAAUUCUAGAAAUAUGAUUUUACCAUUAAUUCAGGAAAAUACUAAUUUGAAAGUAUCUUUAUAUCAUACACCAGAAUUACGUGGUUUUCUUAAAAAGAUUGUACCUGAUAGAUGGAAUGAAUUAUUAGGCUUGCAACAUAUGAAAAUCUAUAUUUUUGAUGACACGCUUAUAAUUAGUGGUGCAAAUUUAUCAAAUGAUUAUUUUACUAAUCGUCAAGAUAGAUAUUUUGUAAUCAAGGAUAAAAAUUUAACUGAUUUUUAUUCUGGUUUAAUUAAUGAAGUUCAAGAUUUCAGCUUACAUUUAGAUAAACAUGACAAUAUUGGAUUGUCUAAAAAUUGGAAACAAUUGCCAUACGAAAGCAAUAAGAAAUAUUUUGUCGAAAAAGCUGCCGAUAAAAUAAAAUAUUAUAUACAAAAUGCUAUGGAUAAGAACUGCAACUGCAACGAUAACAAUAAUUCAAAAGACACAUGGAUAUAUCCGAUGGUACAAAUGGGACAACUUGAUAUUAAUCAUGACGCCUUGAUUACCAAUAAAAUAUUGGCUGAUGCUCCUCCAGGGAGUAAGUUGAAAAUAGCUACUGGAUAUUUUAAUCUAACAAAAGAUUAUAUGAAUACAAUAAUAGAUAAAUGUGAAGCAGACUGUGACAUUCUUAUGGCUCAUCCCAAGGCCAAUGGUUUUUUAGGAGCAAAAGGUUUGGCUGGGGGGAUACCCUAUGCAUAUUCAUACAUAGCCAAGAAUUUUAAAAAGUUAUAUGAACAAAAAAAUCAACAACAUAGAAUUCGCUUAUUUGAAUAUUAUAGGGAAAGUUGGACAUAUCACUCUAAAGGUUUAUGGUAUUACAUGCCAAAUGAAAAUGUUCCCUCGAUGACAUUGAUUGGAUCUCCGAACUUUGGAGAAAGAUCGGUGAAACGAGAUUUAGAAACCCAAGUGGCAAUAGUAACAAAAAAUUCAGAUUUGAGUAAUCGCUUGAAUCAAGAAUGUUCGAGGUUAUUUGAAUUAGGAUUGAAAGCAGAAACGGAAAGGAAAGUUCCAGUUUGGGUUAACACUUUUGUUUUAUUUUUCAGGAGUUACUUUUAAAACAUAUUUUGUUGUAGAUUUUGUUGAUUUCAUUUUUGAAUAUAUUUAAAGUUGCCAA